AUCUAUAUAUACUUCGUUACAAACAUAGAAAAAACCAUCCCAUUGAAAUAAUUUCGUCCUUCAUAGACACACACUCAAAGUCAAAUACCUCGAAUGGAGCAAAAAGAGUCUCAAGUACCCCAACUCAAGCUUUUAGUUUUGACAAUUUCAGCUAAAUUUCAUGCUGGUUACUUCCGAAUUAGCCUCUCCUUGUGCAGCCAGGUAUUGUUAUGGAAAACAUUAGAUGAGCCAUCGGACGAUGUCCACGCUUUUAGACAAGUUCUUCGCCUAUUACCAUACGCAGUUUUCGUUCUUCUGUGGUCAUUGGCAUUAUUUUCUUUAGUAUCCUUAUCUCUAAUAUACCUUCUACGCUGUUUCUUGCACUUUGAAAUGGUGAAAAAUGAGUUCUUACACCGCGUAGGAGUGAAUUACUUAUUUGCUCCCUGGAUUUCUUGGCUUCUUUUACUCCAAGCCACCCCCUUCUUUACAGCCAAAACCGUACACUAUUUUGUACUUUGGUGGGCGUUUAUCGUUCCCAUCUUGGCACUUGAUAUAAAAAUCUAUGGCCAGUAUUUCACCAAAGGGAAGAGAUUGUUAUCGGGAACCGCGAACCCAACAAGCCAAUUAUCGGUUAUCGGUAAUUUGGCCGGAGCAAGAGCUGCAGCAGAAAUGGGGUGGAGAGAGAGUGCAAUUUGUAUGUUUGCACUGGGAAUGACACAUUAUUUAGUACUUUUUGUCACACUUUAUCAGAGACUAAAAGGGAGUAAUUCGGUUCCACAUAUGCUUAGGCCUGUUUUCUUUCUCUUUUUGGCUGCUCCAAGUAUGGCUAGCUUGGCAUGGGACUCUAUCUCUGGGAACUUUGAUAGUUCAUCCAAGAUGCUAUUCUUUCUUUCGCUCUUUCUCUUCCUAUCCCUGGUAAGAGUUUGCUUCUACCACCACGAAUCGGUUAGAGAUCUCUCAUGUUAUUUUUCUUAAUAAUUUAUUUAAUAAUGGAGUAUAAACGGCAUAACUGGCGCGUGUUGAACAACUUCAUCUAGAGACUUAAUUAUUAGAAAUAUGGGAUAGAUUUUGUCUAUGAAAGGCUUUUGCAGGUCAUGCUUGACACGCGUAUUUUCAUAUAUGGCUGGUAUUGAAAAUUAAACUCAAACUUUUAUGUACUUUUCUAUGACAUUGAACUGCUUACCUUAAAAAUUUAACCUAUUAAAAG